AUGCUAUUUUGGUCGCGGCCACCAUUAGGAUCCUUGUCAAUCAAUUUAUCAAUGGGAACUGCGUGGGUGUCCAUUGUAAGAAUGGCAGGCGAGUGGGAGGUUUUAAGCAUGCGCGGUGGUUCCUCGCGGCGACCAAUGACGUCAGGGGAUCGAUCGGAGCGGAAAGCAGCGCACCUCAGGCCGCGCUCUCGACCUGUCACACCAGGCACGGCUUUUCAUUACAAAACAUCGAAAAUGAUCAACGUAUGGGGCGUGAUCUCCAUCAUCCUGUUCUACGUGCUGAUCCUGGCCGUGGGCAUAUGGGCGGCGCGCAAGAAGCCAGCCGGUAACGACUCGGAGGAGGAGGUCAUGUUGGCUGGCAGGUCCAUCGGCCUCUUUGUCGGCAUCUUUACUAUGACAGCGACGUGGGUGGGCGGCGGCUACAUCAAUGGCACCGCGGAGGCGAUCUACACCUCCGGCCUCGUGUGGUGCCAGGCGCCCUUCGGGUACGCCCUGUCGCUAGUGUUCGGCGGGAUUUUCUUCGCGAACCCCAUGCGUAAGCAGGGCUACGUCACCAUGCUGGACCCCCUGCAGGACUCGUUCGGCAGCCGCAUGGGCGGACUGCUGUUCUUGCCCGCCCUUUGCGGAGAAGUGUUCUGGGCGGCUGGCAUCCUGGCUGCAUUAGGUGCCACACUGGCUGUCAUCAUCGAUAUGGACCACCGUACAUCAGUCAUAUUCAGCGCUUGCGUCGCCGUGUUCUACACGCUGUUCGGGGGGCUCUAUUCCGUAGCGUACACUGACGUCAUCCAAUUGUUCUGUAUUUUCAUUGGCCUUUGGAUGUGCAUUCCGUUCGCGUGGGCCAACGAGCACGUGAAGCCGCUCAGCUCGAUGGACGUGGACUGGAUAGGGGAAAUCGACCCGAACUACUACUGGUUCUACAUUGACUAUGGAUUACUGCUUGUGUUUGGAGGGAUUCCUUGGCAGGUGUAUUUCCAACGGGUACUGAGCAGUAAGACGGCGGGGCGCGCGCAGGUGCUCUCGUACGUGGCGGCCAUCGGCUGCAUCUUCAUGGCCAUCCCGCCCGUGCUCAUCGGAGCAAUCGCUAAGGGCACAGCAUGGAACGAGACGGGCUACGGCGGGCAGCUGAGCGACACGGGCGAGCUGACGGCGGACCAGACAUCCAUGAUCUUGCCGCUGGUGCUGCAGUACCUCACGCCCGACUUCGUGUCCUUCUUCGGGCUCGGCGCCGUCUCCGCCGCCGUCAUGUCCUCGGCCGACUCCAGCGUGCUCAGCGCCUCCUCUAUGUUCGCGAGGAACGUAUACAAGCUGAUCUUCCGGCAGAACGCGUCGGAGAUGGAGAUCAUCUGGGUGAUGCGCGUGGGCAUCCUCGUGGUGGGCAUGCUCUCCACCGUCAUGGCGCUCACCAUACCCUCCAUAUACGGCCUCUGGUCGAUGUGCUCAGACCUGGUAUACGUGAUCCUCUUCCCCCAACUGCUUAUGGUGGUGCACUUCAAGAAGUACUGCAACACGUACGGGUCCCUCGCCGCGUACAUCGUAGCACUGUUGGUGCGGCUCUCGGGGGGCGAGAAGAUGUUGGGGCUGCCGGCACUGAUCCACUACCCAGGGUGGGAUGAGAAUGAUGAGGUCCAGCUGUUCCCUUUUAGAACCAUGGCCAUGGUGCUAUCGCUGUUCACGCUCGCCUUCAUAUCUUGGCUCUCAGUAUUCUUAUUCAACUCAGGCUACUUGAGUCCAGAGUCCGACUACUUUAAUUGCGUUGUGAACAUCCCUGAAGACAUUAGGCGAGUUGAUGAGCCUUCGGAAGCUGGUGAGCAAAUGUCAGUACUAGGAGGAGUUCCUGGUAGGUUGUAUGGUGCAGCAUCUACUUUAGUCGGAUCUGAUGAAAAAUCUGGCAGAAUAAACCCCGCUUUAGAGCCUGAUGAUGAUGAUCUAGAUGACCCUAAUGAUGGUCCUACGCCACUAUUCGGCAACAGCAACGCUCCACCACCAGUCCAGCCGUUUGGAAAACAAACGGCUUUC